GUCAACAUGGGAACAAAAUUGAAAUCCAUUACAGCCAGUUUCUUCCUUUGUUUGCUGCUUUUUCCUGUGGUUUUCUCUACCCCAAAUGGCGGGUUGUAUAGAAUUGGACUCAAAAAGAGGAAAUUCGAUCAAAACAACCGGCUUGACCCCAAGGAGGGAGAAUCACUCAGAGCUUCUGUUAAAAAAUAUUAUCUUCGUGGAAACUUAGGAGAGUCGGGGGAUGCUCAUAUAGUAGCGCUUAAGCUGAAGAACUACAAGGAUGCUCAGUACUUUGGUGAGAUUGGUGUUGGUACACCUCCACAAAAUUUCACUGUUGUGUUUGACACUGGUAGUUCAAAUUUGUGGGUGCCCUCAUCUUUCUCGGAUGUUUUCCAGAACCAUCCCAAGUACAAAUCAAGCAGCUCAAGUACUUACAAGAAGAAUGGUAAAUCAGCCGAUAUCCAUUAUGGAACUGGAGCUGUUUCGGGGUUCUUUAGUGAAGACCAUGUCAGAGUUGGUGAUCUUGUGGUUAAAGAUCAGGAAUUUAUUGAAGCAACGAAAGAGCCUGGCCUUACAUUCCUGAUGGCCAAGUUUGAUGGAAUACUUGGACUUGGAUUUCAAGAGAUUUCUGUUGGACAUGCUGUUCCUGUGUGGUACAAUAUGGUGAAUCAGGGUCUUGUUAGUGAACCAGUUUUUUCAUUUUGGUUUAACCGAAAUGCUGAUGAAGAAGAAAGGGGUGAAAUAGUUUUUGGUGGGAUGGAUCCUAACCACUACAAGGGUGAGCACACAUAUGUUCCUGUGUCGCAGAAGGGGUAUUGGCAGUUUGAUAUGGAUGAUAUCUUGAUUGAUGGUAAAACAACUGGGUUUUGUGCUAGUGGAUGUGCAGCAAUCGCUGAUUCAGGAACCUCUUUGUUGGCUGGCCCACCGACUAUCAUAGCUGAAAUCAACCAUGCCAUUGGAGCUAAGGUAUCUAUAAGCAGCUGGGAUAACGGGACUCGAGCUGUUGAUUGUGGCAGUUUGUCUUCUUUGCCUAAUGUUUCCUUUACAAUCGGUGGAAAGACAUUCGACCUGAGUCCUGAGCAGUACAUCCUCAAAGAGUGCGAGGGAGAAGCAGUCCAAUGCUGUGGCGGAUUUACAGAUCAGGCGCCCGAACCAGGUGGACCUCAAUGGAUCUUGGGGGAUGUUUUUAUGGGCACCUACCAUACAGUUUUUGACUUUGGCAAUAUGAGUGUGGGAUUCGCAGAAGCCGCGUAA